AAAUGUUAAAUUUAUAUCUAAAUGUUAAAUCUAAAUCUAAAUGUUAAAUCUAAAUCUAAAUGUUAUAUAUAAAUCUAGAUGUUAAAUGUAAAUGUUAAAUCUAUAUCUAAAUGUUAAAUCUAAAUGUUAAAUCUAAAUCUAAAUGUUAAAUCUAAAUCUAAAUGUUAAAUCUAAAUCUAAAUGUUAAAUCUAAAUGUUAAAUGUUAAAUCUAAAUGUUAACUCUAAAUGUGUUGCCAAGUGUAAAGCUAAAUAUUUAGAAAAUAUUCAAAUCCCCAAUGAAACCACGCCCGCUUCAAAUCACGCGGCAAAGAUCGAGCGGCAAAGUCAAAGACAAAGUCAAGCAGGCAUGGCCGGAUCUCUGGGAGUCCUGGACAUCGAACGGGUGGUUAUUGCAGCUGUACGGGCUGCACUCCAGGGUGUAGCUCCCCCGGUCCAGUCCACAUCAGCAACUGUUUCAACACCAGCGGUGCCCAGUGCCUCAGGCACUUCCAACUUUGCCACCACCGUCACAUCACUGAGAUCAGCUCCUCUGCCAUCCAUCCCUCUACGUAAUCGGGCUCAAUCGGGAUACUUGAGACGAAGGAAUGUCAAAACAUACACGAAGGAUGUUGUAUGUUUAACUUUUUCACCGGGGGUAUCGGUCUUCAUUAUACCCAGAGGAGAAACUCGGACCAGGUUAGCUAUGGCUGGCCUUGUUGGAAAAAAAUAUUUUUCCACAGAAUGGUCUGAAGACCAAGUGAGAGCUGAAAUAACAGCUAUCUUCAGUGGAGCAUUUGGCUUAUCAGAGCACCAGUCACUUCCAUUUCAGUUUUUGAGCACCAUCAAGGGGUGUAAAAAACUGAUGAUACCGAAGGUCACCUCCAAUUUCCCCUGGGGUGGUAAAGAAGUUGCCUCCGUCUGUUCCAGCACAUGCCUGUAUAUUAUGGCAGAAAUGGAAGUUCCUGCACAGAACUGUAGUGUGGAGCUGUCUGAUGACAGUGAUUUUGAAAGCCUGGUUGUACAACGAAGGAGAGUGACUCGGAGAGAUGCACCGUCCAGAGCCCAGAGCGAACACUGUGAGAGGCAAGAGAGGGUGGAAGCCAGUGCUCCUCCAUCUGAUGAUGGGAUGGACCUACAGGGACAGCGAGGGCCAAAUGAAGCUAUGAAUCACUUUGCAGUGACUCAGAGACAUGCACCGUCCAGAGCCCAGAGCGAACACUGUGAGAGGCAAGAGAGGGUGGAAGCCAGUGCUCCUCCAUCCGAUGAUGGGAUGGACCUACAGGGACAGCGAGGGCCAAAUGAAGCUAUGAAUCACUUUGCAGAUUUCAUUCCUAUUGAUAUUAAAGAAGAUGAAGCCAUUGAGGAGGCCAUCAGACGCAGUCUUUUAGAAGAGUCUGUGCAGGCCUUACAGGAUUCAAGGUUUGCAGAAAGUUUGAGCAUAGAAGAAAUGACAGGAAUUGUGAAAGCUCACAGUGAGAGGGUUGUCACAGAAGCAUACAGACCAAUCUACAUCAGCCGGGGGAACGUGUGGACAACUGCCCUCCGACAGUUUAGUAGACGGAAAUUCACUGAGUGCACCGAUCUGCUGUAUGUCACCUUUGCCAGUGACGAAGGCACCAACGAAGAUGGAGAAGACCUCAGAGGGCCACGGCGAGAAUUCUUCUGUCUGCUUGUGAAAGCCAUCUUCAAAGAGAGUGGAGCAUUUGAAGAGUCUCUAAAUGGCUUCACUCCAAGAAUGAACAUUUCUCAUGUGCAGAAUGUGUACCGCACUAUUGGACAGAUGAUGUCUACCAUCAUCGUCCAGGGUGGUGAACCUCCAGCCCUCCUUUCUCCUCUGGUAGUGGACUACCUUCUGACAGGACACAUCUUUCAGUUGAAGGUCACUCCAGAUGAUGUAGCUGACAUGGAACUGAGAGAAGCCCUGAAGAAGGUUGAUCAAGCAUUAACCACAGAGGAGCUGGAGCAAGCAGUGGAAUGCUGUGACUCAUGGAGAUACCAACUCGAAGGUCUUCCGAACCCAGUCAGCAUGGACAACAAAGAUGCAUUUGUGCAGAAUGCAAUACUUUUCCAUGUCGUCAUUCAACGACAGAGCUGCUAUGAUCAGUUAGUUGAGGGUUUGAAGUACUACGAGGUUCUGCCACUCCUGAAAGAAAGGCAUUUGUGA